AUGUCUUUUAUACUGACAAAUUACAAUAAUCCUCUUGCAGGGGCGAUCACACUGCGAUUUCCGAGCGUCUACAACCGUCUCUUGAAGCUUGAGGCCGAGGGACAGAGCCUACGACGUCACGAAGCAGUCAAUGUUGACCUUAAAACCCUGGAUAGCGAUACCGUUCAACAUCUUUCAACAUCUGGACGAAAAGUUCCGAAACUGAUUCUGUCGGGACUGCCCGGAUACGACGAAAACCGGGAUGCAACAAUGAGAAAGGUUUCGGGAGACAUAUUGCUUUGCGCGCGCCGAAUUCAGAGUGUCCGAGUCAGAGUUGAGGCGAAAGUUCUCGAGAUUUGUAACAAUCAAGUAAGAAUUCGCACGUACGCCAUUUUCGUGAUGGCAGAGUUCGCAUUGCUCACUGUUGGGCUCAGUGCUCAGUUUGAAUUUAGAAUUGUUAUGGUUCCAGAUAGAGGCGAAAGUUCUUGA